UCUCUCCACUGCAGACAGAUGAGAUGGUAACACUGGGAGCAGCAACAGGUUGGGGUUGUUCAAGUUUCUGCAUAUUCUCUUUAAGAGUCUGCAGAGGAGAGAAGAUCUGAGUAUCUGCAGGUUCACAAAUUCAUCUGGUAGAAUUUUGUGUAAAAAGUUUUUUUUUUUUUUUAGAGUUUUUGGUCAAUUAGCAUCCUCAUGCGUCCAGGUAACCAUCACAAGUUCUGUACACGCAACUUUUUUUGUUCUCAUUUUUAAUUUACUUUUAGCAGCUUGGAUGCUUGACGGGACCUCCAGCACAAAACAAUCGAUUUUGAUCAAUUAGGAGAUUCAUAUUUGUCUUCAGUGAAGCAUCAUCACAGGCUUUACAGACUUCCAGAAACUCCUCUCCGGAUCUUCGGGAUGUUUUCCACGGCUCUCCUCCUCGCAGCGCUCGGCCUUUUUGCGCAUUUGGACACUUUUACGCACGGGUGCCAGCUCCCCUCCGAGUGGCGGCCGCUGAGCGAGGGCUGCCGGGCGGAGCUGGCGGAGAUCAUCGUGUACGCCCGGGUGCUGGCGAUCCACAGGGAGCCCCUGGGCGGCGGGGCGGGCAGCCUGUACAACUCGUUGCCCUUCGGGUUCGGGUAUGGGUACGAGGGCGCGGAGGAAGGGCUGCUGUACUCUGCGGAGGUGGAGUUGCUGUGCGACCAGGCCUGGGGCAGCAUGCUGGAGGUGCCCACUGGAUCAAGGCUCAACCUGACCGGACUCGGGUACCUGUCCUGCCAGUCCCACACCGUGAUGGAGAACUACUCCUACUUCUUCUUCCUCAGGAUGGACGAGAACUACAACAUCCUGCCCCAUGGCGUCAACUUCCAGGACGCCAUCUUCCCCGACACGUCCGAGAACAGGCGCACGUUCUCCAGCCUCUUCCAGUUCUCCAACUGCACCCAAGGGAGCCAGCCCUUCCACACCUUCAGCCCUGAGUGGGACACCCAGGAGGACAGCAGGCCCCAAACUGCCACCCACCUAGACUGAAAACUGGCUGUGGAGAGUGAGACUGCUGGGCGGUCUCUACUGAAGGGACAAACAAAUAGCAACUGUCACAUAUGAGUAACACACUUUAACAUAAUAAUCGACAUAGUUUUCUUGUAAAUAAACUACUCUGUCUCUCUUUUGUAUCUCUGAAUGCUAUAAUACAAGAGUGAGGGUCAGGACCACUCCAGGUCACCUGAUAAAAGAACAAAAAAGUGAAUGAAGAGAAUCAAACAUGUAUUUUCUCGAUGAUUCCUCUCGCAGGUGGAGCAGUACUUGUGUGCCGCGAUCUGAAAGUGGUUUCAGUUGCUGCUCAGUGCUCCUCUCAGGCCGUGAUCACAUAGGAUGCGUUUUAUUCUCCAAGCAAAGCUCAGCUGUGAGCGACAAAAGUGACAACAGCAGCAGGAGCUUAUCGGAGAGAGAAGCAGUAUUCUGUUUGCCAUUCAACUGUCUGGUUUUAUAAACCUGAAGUAGUUAAUGUCUUAAAAAAAAUGACAAAAAGGUUAUGUAUUUGUCCGUUUAUGCUAGGGCUUAGCUAACGGCAGUUUACGAGUAAUAUCUUUUGUGGCUCGGGUAGAGCUUUAUCUUUUUAUUACGUCUUAAAAACAACCCUAGUGAUGUCAUCGGGGUUAUCUUGGCUUCGGACAUUUUCUGACUGAACAUGUGUUGGGGGACAUGAACUUUGAAAGACAUUAGUUUUUACCAGGCAGGCUCAGGAAGAAGACGCUAUUGAGUUGCAUUAUGGGAAGUGUAGGAUCUAGUGUUUAUAAGUUAAGACAUCACUUCAUCAGGUGAAAUUAACUUUAUAAAAUAAUCAACAUAAGUCCAAAACUGAAUUUUAUGAUUCUGAUACUUUAUUGUACAUUAACUGAUUUUCGGGCCAUUUUGGGGCAGCACAUACAAGCUGUGACACAUCAUUUUAAUAUAACUUUUCUUAGCAAACAGCUUCUUAUUUAAUGCUCCACUAUGUUCAUUGGCUAGUUGCUAACUUUGUGUGUAUGCUGUUUGGUGCUGGGCAGGUAAUGUGUGGUGGGUUCAUUGGAGCUUUUUAUUCUUUUUUUUAUAGAAAAAAACUGCCUGCUACAAAUGGAAACUAUGUUGAUGAGAGCCAUUAGACUCAAUCAUUAAAGUUGCAGGCCAGAAAACAAAAACAACGAGCUGAUAAAAUACUCUGAGUAUGUGUGGAACUGCAGAGUUUGGUGAUAAUUCUCAGUGGGUUCAUCGCUAUGAGUGACCCUUUCCACAGUACACAUACUAAUUUGACCGAUGGUUAGUAUAAAAAUAUUGAUUAUAGCAGCUUUAAGUAAUUGACAGACUUGUAGUUGGCAUUUUAAGGCUUUUUGUUUUUGCAGCUUUUUGCAACAAGCAUUGUAUCCAAAGUAAGGACAAAAGCCUCUUAUGUAAUCAUGGCCUAGUGAAGCAAUGAUAAAAGACAUUACAUUUAAUUUUAAUGAUAUUGUGUUUUAUCGACUAUUUCUUUCACUUAAAUUGUGAGCAAAGACUGGUGAAUAAGAAUUCUGGGAUGUUUGAGAAGGUUCAUUUAUUAUUAAUUUGAGCUUUUUAAAGUCUGUAACAUCAGCUUGUAUGUGGAUAUUUUUGUA